UUCUGUUGCAUUACUAUACACGGUAGCAGAGCAGCAGAGCGGCGGUGUUGGUGCUGGAUGUGAACAUGAGACACACUGUGCUCUGUGUGCUGGGGUUAUUCUCGCUCCUCUACUGUGGACAUGCUCAAGAUGCUGUGUUGACCAUUGAACCAAACUGGUCCACUUUAUUUACCGGAGAGUCUGUUACCUUCAUAUGUGACAUGAGGGAAGGAAAAGACACCGACUGGUAUUACUCAAUCUGGAAGGAUGGUCGAGACUUUUUCUCCUUCAACUCAAAUAAGAGACGUACUUUACAACCACUAGCUACAGGAUAUAGUGGUGUAUACCAGUGCAUUGGUGAUCACAUCUCGCCACGUUUUAGAAAAGAAAGUAAUAAAGUCUCUCUAACUGUAUCAGCAUACAAACCCCGGGCUAAACUGACUGCUGUUAACACAGACAUUCCAGUACGGGGCAGUGUGACCCUGACCUGCUCUCUGAACACAGCAUCAUCAUCAUCAUCAUCAUCAUCAUCAUCAUCAUCUUCAUCUGGUUGGAAAUACUUCUGGUACAGAGACAAGAAAACCUCUGAACCCCUGACCUCACAAGAUACUGUCUUCCUCUCAACUGGACAAAUCAGUGUCUCAGUAGGAGGAGUCUACUGGUGCAGAGGAGGAAGAGGGAGCCCUGUCUACUACACAGAGUACAGUGAUCCAAUCACUGUCAACAAAAAACUUGUAAACAAGGCUGUUGUGACUCUUCAACCAAACUGGUCUGAAAUAUACGAAGGAGAGAAGAUCACUCUCAGAUGUGAGAUCCAGGGAGGAAGAGUCACUGAGUGGACAUAUGGAUGGACAACACCCAGCUCAAACACAUUUCCAGCAGACAAUGCAUACGUUAUUAUCAGUGCUACUAAGUCCCACAGUGGACAAUACCGUUGUAUGGGUAGAAGAGACACCUAUACCUCAACAGAGUGGAGUGAAGCCAUCACAUUGAACGUCUUGUCAUACAAACCCCGGGCUGAACUGACUGCUGUUAACACAGACAUUCCAGUACGGGGCAGUGUGACCCUGACCUGCUCUCUGAACACAGCAUCAUCAUCAUCAUCAUCAUCAUCAUCAUCAUCAUCAUCAUCAUCUUCAUCUGGUUGGAAAUACUUCUGGUACAGAGACAAGAAAACCUCUGAACCCCUGACCUCACAAGAUGCUGUCUUCCUCUCAACUGGACAAAUCAGUGUCUCAGUAGGAGGAGUCUACUGGUGCAGAGGAGGAAGAGGGAGCCCUGUCUACUACACAGAGUACAGUGAUCCAAUCACUGUCAACAAAAAACUUGUAAACAAGGCUGUUGUGACUCUGCAACCAAACUGGUCUGAAAUAUACAGAGGAGAGAUGAUCACUCUCACAUGUGAGAUCCAGGGAGGAAGAGUCACUGAGUGGACAUAUGGAUGGACAACACCCAGCUCAAACACAUUUCCAGCAGACAACGCAUACGUUAUUAUCAGUGCUACUAAGUCCCACAGUGGACAAUACCGUUGUAUGGGUAGAAGAGACACCUAUACCUCAACAGAGUGGAGUGAAGCCAUCACAUUGAACGUCUUGUCAUACAAACCCCGGGCUGAACUGACUGCUGUUAACACAGACAUUCCAGUACGGGGCAGUGUGACCCUGACCUGCUCUCUGAACACAGCAUCAUCAUCAUCAUCAUCAUCAUCAUCAUCAUCAUCUUCAUCUGGUUGGAAAUACUUCUGGUACAGAGACAAGAAAACCUCUGAACCCCUGACCUCACAAGAUGCUGUCUUCCUCUCAACUGGACAAAUCAGUGUCUCAGUAGGAGGAGUCUACUGGUGCAGAGGAGGAAGAGGAGAGCCUGUUUACUACACACACUACAGUGGUUCAAUCAUUGUCAACAAAAAACUUGCAAACAAGGCUGUUGUGACUCUUCAACCAAACUGGUCUGAAAUAUACGAAGGAGAGAAGAUCACUCUCAGAUGUGAGAUCAUUGAUGAAGGAGACACUGAGUGGGAGUAUGAAUGGACAACAACCAGCUCAAUAAAACCUUUAAAGCAAAAUGAACACCAUAUUAGAUUUGCUGAUGCCUCCCACAAUGGGACCUACAGGUGUAAGGGUAGAAUGAAAAGUGCACAGCAGUCUUUAACAGAGUGGAGUGAUCCCAUUACAUUGACAGUAUCAAACAAGCCUGUCCUCACUGUGUCUCCAUCAUGGCUGAGUCCUGGAGCCUCAGUAAUUCUGAACUGCAGUGUUAAAGAUCCAUCUGCAGGAUGGAGGUUCUACUGGUAUAAGGCUGUUCCUGAUCUGUCAGACAUCUCCUACAGCUAUGAUCUGCUACCUGGCAGCACCAACGGGACUGAACAGGAUUCCUACAUCGUUGAUGGACAGACACACACAGCAGGAUAUGUGUGCAGAGCUGCAAGAGGAGAUCCAGUGUUUUACACUUAUUACAGUGAACCGAAGUUUGUCUGGUCUGGAGAAUUUGAUUUGUCAGCAUCUCUCACAGUGAGUCCUGACAGAGUGCAACACUUCACCUCUGACUCUGUGUCACUGAGCUGUGAGGGAAACUCUACUAAGUGGAGAGUGAAGAGUCUUCCUGAGAACAGCUACUGGUCAUACUGCUCCAACUGGAGGAGAAUGACCAGAUCUACAUGCACCAUACACCGUUACAGACUCAGUGCUGCUGUGUUCUGGUGUGAGUCUGGAUCAGGAGAGUUCAGCAACGCAGUCAACAUCACUAUACAGGAUGAAGAUAUUAUCCUGGUGAGCCCCGUCCGUCCUGUGACUGAGGGAGAUUUUGUUACUCUUAACUGCGAAUCGAGAAGACAAAUUAUUUCCUCGAAUGUUUUUUUCUAUCGAAAUGGUGAAGUCAUUCAAAAUGACACCAGAAGGGAGCUAAAUAUCUCUGCAGUGUCGAAGUCAGAUGAAGGCCUCUACAAGUGUCAACUCUCAGGAACAGUGUCCACACAGAGCUGGAUGUCAGUUAAAGCACUGUCCAGGCCUGAAAGCUCUUCAUUUCCUGUGCUGUUGAUUAUUGGGCUGGUUUGUGGAAUCAUACUUGUUAUUCUUCUGCUUCUAUUGUGUCGCUUCAGACUGUCCAAAGAUUCAUGCUUUAACAGGCCGAUCCAGACCGAGAGCACCAAUCGGGGCUCCGCCACUAGUGACGUGGUCAACCAGAAUGAGGUUCAGCGUAAUGAAUAUUCCAGUCUUCUCCAUGGUGCAGCUGAAUCCCAGGAUGCCACGUAUUCUUUGCUUGAAUUGAAAAACAUUGGAAAGAAGGGGAAGCAACAUAACCCAGAGGAGAGUUGUGUGUACUCUGAUGUGAAUAUAGGAACUGCAGAUGACAAUCUGAUGUACGCCCAAGUCGACUGCCGCAAUAAAGCUAAAGUCAAGAAGAAGAAAGGGAAAUCAACUCCUUCAGCAACUGAUGAAACAGUUUAUUCUGAAGUUAAACCACAAACAGCUCUUGGAUUUCUCUUCAUAUGCUACAGUUUACAGCUUUCUCUUUACACCAAGCAGAAGCAGAGUAACAGAAUGUCGGUGCUGGAUGUGAACAUGAGACACACUGUGCUCUGUGUGCUGGGGUUAUUCUUGCUCCUCUACUGUGGACAUGCUCAAGAUGCUGUGUUGACCAUUGAACCAAACUGGUCCACUUUAUUUACCGGAGAGUCUGUUACCUUCAUAUGUGACAUGAGGGAAGGAAAAGACACCGACUGGUAUUACUCAAUCUGGAAGGAUGGUGGAGAAUCUUCCCCCUUCUACUCAAAUAAGAGACGUACUUUACAACCACUAGCUACAGGAUAUAGUGGUGUAUACCAGUGCAUUGGUGCUCACAUCUCGCCACGUUUUAGAAAAGAAAGUAAUAAAGUCUCUCUAACUGUAUCAGACAAAGAUGUGAUCCUGGAAACUCCUGCAUCCACUUUGUUUGAAGGAGAAUCAGUGACUCUGCGCUGUAGACAUCGUACUCAGACAGAGGAGAAGAAUGCUGUCUUCUACAAAGACGGAUCACCUAUUCAAAUAGACACAAACCAUCAGUCACUGAUAAUAUCAAAAAACACAGUUCAAGUAAAAUCAGAUCGGAGCUCUUACAUGUGUAAAUUUGAGGACGAAGAAUCCGAACCAAUAAAACUGAAAAUGGAACCCCAACCAAAGGCCCAACUGAGCAAAGACGUUUCAGCAGAGGGCAGUGUGACCCUGACCUGCUCUGUGAACCCAUCAUCAUCAUCAUCAUCAUCAUCUGGUUGGAAAUACUUCUGGUACAGAGGAGAGAAAACCUCUGAACCCCUGACCUCACAAGAUGUUGUUCUCCUCUCAACUGAAACAAUCAGUGUCUCAGUAGGAGGAGUCUACUGGUGCAGAGGAGGAAGAGGAGAGACUGUUUACUACACAGAGUACAGCGAUCCAGUCGUCACAUACAGGGCUGUUGUGACUCUGCACCACAACUGGCCUGAGAUAUACUCUGGAGAGAUGAUCACUCUCACAUGUGAUAUUGAGGAAGGAGGAGACACUGAGUGGGAGUAUGAAUGGAGAACAUCUAGCUUAUACAAACCUAAAAAACAAAAAGAAUACAUGAUUAGAUAUGCUCUGUCAUCACACAGUGGAAACUACAGUUGUUUGGGCAGACUGAAAGGUGAACAGUCUUCAACGGAGUUGAGUGAUGCUUUCACAUUGAGAAUAUCUAACAAGCCUGUCCUCACUGUGUCUCCAUCAUGGCUGAGUCCUGGAGCCUCAGUAAUUCUGAACUGCAGUGUUAAAGAUCCAUCUGCAGGAUGGAGGUUCUACUGGUAUAAGGCUGUUCCUGAUCUGUCAGACAUCUCCUACAGCUAUGAUCUGCUACCUGGCAGCACCAACGGGACUGAACAGGAUUCCUACAUCGUUGAUGGACAGACACACACAGCAGGAUAUGUGUGCAGAGCUGCAAGAGGAGAUCCAGUGUUUUACACUCAUUACAGUGAACCAAAGUUUGUCUGGUCUGGAGAUGUUCAUCCAGCAGCAUCACUCACAGUGAGUCCUGACAGAUCGCAGCACUUUAACCAAGAGUCUCUGUCACUGAGCUGUGAGGGAGACUCCACUGAGUGGAGAGUGAAGAAGUUUUCUGAACAUAGUAGCACUGUGUCUUCCUGUUCUUCUUUGGGUAAAAUGAAUGGAUCCACAUGCAACAUAGACCGUUUCUGGAUUAGUGGAGUGUACUGGUGUGAGUCUGAAACAGGACAGAUCAGCAAUGCAGUCAACAUCACUAUACAGUAUGGUGAUAUUAUCCUGGUGAGCCCUGUCCUUCCUGUGGCUGAGGGACAUUCUGUCACUCUUGGCUGCAAGUUGAAGACAGAAAAUGUUCUUUAUAAUGUGGAUUUCUAUAAAAAUGACAAACUCAUCCAAAAUAAUACACAAGGGGAGCUGACUAUAUCUGCAGUGUCAAAGUCAGAUGAAGGCUUUUAUAAAUGUGAAGGAAACGAGUCACCAGGUCGGUGGAGUCAGACGUCAGAAGAGAGUUGGAUGUCAGUAAAACCAGCGUCCAGGUCUGAAGAAAUCUCUCCAUUUCCUGUGCUGUUGAUUGUUGGGCUGGUUGGUGGAGUUUUACUGAUUCUUCUCCUGCCGCUGUUUCUGUAUCGCUACAGAAAGUCAAACGAUUCAUGCUUCAGCAGGUCUCCAAGCACCAAUCAGAGCCCUACAACAUACCACAUGAUCAACCAGGAAGAAACUCAACACAAGGAAUAUGCUUCUGUUGUCCAUGGUGAUGCUUGUUUCUAUGAAACAAUCAAAGGCCCUGAAGAACCUGAACAUGAUGAAUCCAAGGAUGUCACAUAUUCUGUGUUCGAGCUUAAAAACAUUGCUACAAAGGGGAGGAAUAAUGAGCCAAAAGAGAGCACUGUUUACUCGACUGUAAAGAUGGCAUCAGCUGCAGACGACAACCUGUUAUAUGCUCAGGUACACUCCCACACUCAAGCCAAGAAAGAUACAGGUCCUGCAGCAGUAGAUGAAACUGUUUAUUCUGAAGUCAAAAAAGGAACAGGUCUCGGUCAAUAAAGACAUCUGUCUGGACAAAAUCAAUGGAAUGGAUAACAACUUGAAAAACCACAUCAUUGUUUAAAUAAUAUUUACAGCUUUUAUGUAAUCAUUGUGUGCACCUUUGUUGUCUGAACAUCAGGUAUUAUUUUGUACAGUUAAUCUAAUAACAGUUAAUUUACAUAAAGACAUCAUAUGUCUUUAAUCUUCUUUUAAAUGUUUGGUUGAUUGUUGUAUGCUUAAAUAAACGUUUGCUUCAUCAGUA